AUGGAGGCAGUGCAUAUACAUGCCGAGCCUUCAGAUUUGCGCCCUUUAGAUAUUCUCUCUGAAGUAGUUCCUGUGAAUGGGGUGAAGAGUGGGAUACGGAUGAUCCAAAUCCAAGGAGCACGUGGUUUCCAGUUCCCUGCAAUACGCCCUCGCUUCCUCAGUUUUCCAGCAUCACGGAUUUUUAUUUACUGUGACCUCUUUCCUGAGGAGUUCUCCCUUGUGUUCACUCUCAGAACCUUCCACAUGCAAUCCAAGAAAAAUGAAUACAUCUUUACAGUAUUGGAGGAAAACAGUGACACCCUGCUGCUUGGACUCCGAUAUUCACGGAAUAAACUCCAUUUCCUCUUCUGGAGCAGAGAGCUCUCCAAUGGAUGGCAGACUCAAGUCACCUUCCAAGAUAUAUUUUUGGCAGACAAUCAGUGGCACACAAUGGUGCUGGCAGUAUCCAAAAACUCCUUCUCUCUCACUGUGGACUGCAGCAUCCCCACAGAUGUGAUUUCGGAUACUCCUUUCCCUCCAUCCUUGACUGUGACAGGAUCUCGCUUUUAUGUAGGAAGCAGAAGGAGAAGAAAAGGCUUCUUUACUGGCUUGUUAAGACAGCUAGUCCUGUUGCCAGGAUCUGAUGCUACCUCACGGAUGUGCACUGGCAAGAACUUUAAUCUAGCAGUGCUCUCCAUCCCCCAAAUUCUGCAGGAACUCCCUGUGAAACCAGUGGGCAAUGAACUUCAGAAAUACCCUUACGAAGCAGACAUGAAGGUGACUUUGGGGUUCCGUCCUCCCUGCACCAAGAGUGAAAGUGGCCAGUUCUGGUUUAAUGCUGCUCAGAAAGGACUCUAUAUCUGUAAUGGGAAUGAAUGGAUUUCUAUGCUAGAAGUCGAAGAAAAAUUGGACUAUCUGGAAGAGUAUCAGAAUUUAGUAACUAGUUCUGAAACCAAGGGCAUUGAGGUAUUCAUCAUCCCCAAGGUUGGACUCUUUGUAGCUACUGCUAAUCGGUAUACUCCUCCUGGCUCAGCCAUCUAUAAAUGGACUGAUGAGAAAUUUGUGGCUUACCAAAAUAUCCCCACCUACCAAGCUGAAUCUUGGAAAUUCUUCACAAUUGGAAAAAAGAUUUUCCUAGCUGUAGCUAAUUUUGAAGGGGAUGAAAUGGGUCAGGAGUUUUCUGUAAUUUACAAGUGGAACUACAGAAAAGAGAAAUUCAUCGUGUACCAGAGGAUUGUCACUCAUGGAGCCAGGGACUGGGAGUCAUUUGUCAUUGAUGGGGAGGCCUUCCUUGCAGUGGCUAAUCACAGAAAAGGGGAUAACCACAACAUAGACAGUGUCAUAUACAGGUGGAACUCCAGGAAGGGCCUUUUUGAAACCAACCAAACCAUUCCUACCUCAGGUGCCUAUGACUGGGAGUUUUUCAGUAUUGGGCCUUAUUCCUUCCUAGUGGUGGCCAACACAUUUAAUGGAACAACCACCAAGAUCUACUCUCACAUUUAUAUUUGGCUGAGUGGAACCUUCCAGCUCUUCCAGUCAAUUCUGACUUUUGGUGCUGCUGACUGGGAGGUCUUUCACAUCCGAGACAGAGUUUUCCUUGCUGUGGCAAACAGCCACAGUUAUGACAGUAGAUCAGUUGCCCCCAACAGCUACCAUGCCAUCAAUUCUUCCAUCUAUGAACUCAACAUCACUGCACAGAUGUUUGUCAAGUUCCAAGACAUUCUUACCUACAGUGCUCUGGACUGGGAGUUCUUUUCAGUGGGAAAGGAUUACUUUUUGGUGGUAGCGAAUUCUUUUGAUGGUGUGACCUACUCUGUAAACAGUAUUAUUUACAGAUGGCAAGGAUAUGAAGGCUUUGUAGCAGUUCACCGUCUUCCGACGUUUGGCUGUAGGGACUGGGAAGCUUUUAACACUACAGCAGGCUCAUAUCUCAUGUAUUCCAGUGCGCGGGAGCCACUUUCCAAGGUGCUGAAGCUGAAAACCUUUUGACCUGGAAAGAGGGGCUCUGAUUUGCAGCAAACAAGUACAAGCUGGAAACUGGAAGGAAGUCUCUGGCUCCCCAGGGCCAUAAUGAGGAACAUUUUACCUUGGAAUCACUGCACUGGAAGCCACAAAUGCCCGAGAACCAGUACACUUCUUGGCCUAUCUCAGCUAGACAUGCCGAGGAUUAAUUCUGAAACCCUUUUUUCACUAUAAUAUUCCUGGACUAGAAAUAUAAAUUACAGCUGGCCAGUUACAUGAGUGAAUGGAGCUUGGCAAAGUUGCAUUCCAGAAUCUCUUGGCUGGAGGACUGUGCUAUAACCAUUCCUGCCCUAAGAAAGCAAAUAGUACUCUAGACUGACAUUUGGAAAGCCAUUGCUCUCUUGGCAGAUGGGCCUUUGAUACCUCUGUAAUAGCCUGCAUCCUAGUAUCAUUGGUGCUUUCUUAAUCCUUGCUUCCUUGUUAGCCUGUGAAGUACCCCCAAAGUGUACCUUCUGCUUGUUGUUGCAAAUGAUUUCAACAUUGUCUAUAAAUGGUAUGUUUUUAUUGUAUAAACUGAUAGUGUUGACAGUCACCUUUGUUAUAUGGAGAUGGAAUUAUUUAUUAUUCAGAGAAUAUUUGCAGUAAUGACUAUAAUCCCCAAUAAA